CUGAUUUUGCAGAGAUUGUUCAAAUUGCCCUUUUUGGGGGAAAAGGUGCAUUUUAUUGUGAAAACACUCAUGUCCUGGUAUGAUGAACACUAUCGUGGAUUUCAUCUUGAGAAGACCGAUCACAUAACUCUUGUUGAACAACAAAACCUUAGUGAUGUUUGUCCUCUGUCAGCCUAUAUUGUUGCAGGAAAGCUCAUGGUGACAUUAAAGCGCCACAUCUGUCUCCAGUGUUGAGUAUGACUUUGUAUAACAUAUUUGUUUCUUCUGUCUUUUUGACAUGGAACCAACAGUCAGAUUCCGGGUCCUCACUGAUCACGAGGUCAAAAAACUUACACUCAACAGUGGCAUACCCUCAACUGUGGAUGAAUUGGUUGCAGCCAUCAAAGAACAAUUUGCCAUCACCACAGAAAUCAGUCUUCAGUACAAAGAUGAAGAGUUUGAUAACUUUUUCACCCUAACGACCACAAAGGAACUCAAAGAUAAAGACACACUGAAAGUAGUGUAUGUACCGCUAAACAUAACACUGACUUUCUCACACAACACUGAGCUGGCUUUGAGUCAAGGUAAUGAGAUUUAUUUAAGAGAUGGCACCCUACUGACAUCACCCAGUGUCAAAGCGGAUAUCUUGGAGCGCCUGGCAGAGGCCAUGUUUUGCUACACAGCGUACCCCAAUGAUGCCCAGAGGUCUGCAGUAGCACAGGCACUAAUAGAAACGCAUCCCUGUUUGAAGGAGCCUGGAUCUUUUAAUGGAAUUUAUGGGUGGCAACAAAGCCUGAAAUACAAAUGUGGAAACUAUCGUACCAAACGUAAAGCAAUGGGAAGCCCUGAACUCCUGAUAAACUCAAUGAAAUACAAGAUGGGAGAUGACAGAAAACCUGCUAAAUACAUCAAGAAACCAAAAAGGGCAGAAGUAAAUUACCUGCCUCAGCACCUUUCUGGUGAAACAGACAGCAGCCUUGAGAAUGUGAGGCUUGGCCUAGUAGAAGCCAGCAAGAAAAGGGACGUCAAAAGCAUAAAUGACAUGAUGGCCAGGACAUAUAGCUGGAGAAGAAUGGAAGUGGUUGUCCAGUCCCCAGAUGUGGCAAAAUUUAAAGAAAGAUGGCCUGCCCUCUUUGAACCAUUCCAGAUAAAUGAAGAAUUCCGAAGGUGUGCUGCAGUUCCACUAGAAUCAGUGUUUAUGUCCCAGCUGGACAAGUACACUCCAAAACUUCUCGACCUGUUUAGUGUGAAGGGUGGAGCGGUUGGUCAACGCAUCAAGAACUUGUUAAUGGAACUGAUACAGGAUCCAAGUACCUCUGUGGUGAAGAAGAGAGACGUGACUCUGAGAUGCCUCAUUGAAUACAUGGGAGAGAGUGGGCAAGAGCUCAUCUCUGACUACUAUGGAAAAACAGAGAGCAGUGUCCAUGAGGACUUGAAAAUGCGCAAUAUGCAGAUAUAUGUCUGCCGUGAACCAGAUGCAGUGGGCGUCAUCAUUGAGGGAAUCCCAGUGCUUACUGAUCUUGGAAAUCUGGCCAGGGCAUGUUGCCUGCUUCUGGGGAUGACAUAUGCUCUGAACCUGCAGUAUCCACCACAACUCUGCAAAACAUUUGAAGUGUUCCAAAGACUUUUUGUGGGACUUGACACACUGCACCCAAAGCCUUCCUCCCGAUUCAUGACACUAAAAAACAAACUUCUGAGUUAGUUGGUCAAAUGCCAGCCUCACACUCAUAAAUGGCAAUCUUGUUGUGUUUUUCAGAGUUUUUCAGAAGAUUGUUCUGAAUGUUUAAUUGUUCAUUGGCUGCAGUUCAGAAGUUCUGUUAUAUACAGGUGCUGGUCAUAUAAUUAGAAUAUCGUGAAAAAGUUCAUUUUUUUAUUGUAAAUUAUUUUAAAAAAUGAAACUUUCAUAUAUUCUAGAUUCCCUACAUGUAAAGUAAAACAUUUCAAAAGUUUUUUUUUUUUUUAAAUUUGUUGAUUAGAGCGUACAGCUCAUGAAAGUCCAAAAUCCAGUAUCUCAAAAUAUUAGAAUAGUUACAUUUGAGUUUCAUUAAAUGACCAUCCCUACAGUAUAAAUUCCGGGUAUCUUUUGUUCUUUGAAACCACACUAAUGGGGAAGACUGCUGACUUGGCAAUGGUCCAGGAGACAAUCAUUGACACCCUCCACAAAGAGAGUAAGUCACAGAAGGUCAUUACUGAAUGGGGUGGCUGUUUACAGAGUGUAUAUCAAAGCAUAUUAAAUGCAAAGUUGACUGGAAGGAAGAAAUUGGGUAGGCAAAGGUGCACAAGCAACAGGGAUGACCGCAAGCUUGAGAAUACUGUCAAGUAAAGCCAAUUCAAACACUUAAGCUUCACAAUGAGUAGAAUGAAGCCGGAGUCAGCGCAUCAAGAGUCACCACACUCAGACAUCUUCAGGAAAAGGACUACCAAGCCACUUCUGAACCAGAGACAACGUCAGAAGCAUCUUACCUGGGCUAAGGAGAAAAAGAACUAGACAGUGAACAGUGGUCGAAAGUCCUCUUUUCAGAUAAAAGUAAAUUUUGCAUUUCAUGUUGAAAUCAUGGUCCCAGAGUAUGAAGGAAGACUGGAGAGGCACAGAAUCCAAGCUGCUUGAAGUCUAGUGUGAAGUUUCUGAAGUCAAUAAUGAUUUGGGGGGGCCGUGACGUCUGCUGGUGUUGGUCCAUUGUGUUUUAUCAAGUGCAGAGUCAAUGCAGCCAUCUUCCAGGAGAUUUUGGAGCACUUUAUGCUUCCAUCUCCUGACAAGCUUUAUGGAGAUGCUGAUUUCCUUUUCCAGCAGGACUUUAGCACCUGCCCACAGUGCAAAAACCACUUCCAAGUGGUUUGCUGACCAUGAUAUUACUGUGCUUUAUUGGCCAGCCAAUAUGCCUGACCUGAAUCUAUGGGAUAUUUUCAAGAGAAAGAUGAGUUGAUCCAAAAAACAGUUGAUCCAACAAUAUACAGAUGAUCUGAAGGCUCAAUAGUGCCUCAGCAGUGCCACAGGCUGAUCACUUCCAUGCCACACUUCAGUGAUGCUGUAAUUUGUGCUAGGAGCAAGUCAUUUGCUGUAAUAUGUCCUGCCGAUCAAGUAUUGAGUGCACAAAAGAACAUACUUUAAAGAACUUGAACUUUUCUGUUUUGCAAAUCCAUUUUUUGAUUGAUCUUAGGAAAUAUUCUAAUAUUUUGGACUUUCAUGAGCUGUACGCUCU